AUGGCUGCAGACGGGCACAAGACCAACGGGACAAUCCCUUUUCACCCUCGCAUGCUUAUCAAUGGCGAGUUGGUAGAGGCUUCAGGCAACAAGACCUUCACGCUGCACAACCCCGCAACUACUGCGAAGCUGGCAGACGUCCCCGAGGCAACUGAGGAUGACGCCAAUGCCGCUGUCGCCGCAGCAAAGGCGGCUUUCCCGUCGUGGUCGGAGACGGCCCCUGCCAAACGCGGCAGCUACUUGCACAAGCUCGCGUCGCUGAUCAGGAGCCAUAACGAGGAGCUGGCGGUCCUCGAAGCCCAGUCCAUGGGGAAGCCCGUGGCGGGCUACUACGAUGCCUACGCGGCAGCUGGCAAGUUCGACCACUACGCGGCGUCCUGGGAGCAGAUCAAGGGCGAGAGCAGUCUCAACACCCCAGGUCAUGUCAGCUUGACCUUCCGCCAGCCUUAUGGCGUCUUGGCUGCAAUCAUCCCCUGGAACGUGCCGCUGCUCUUCUUCGCCUCAAAGGCGGCACCGGCGUUGAUAACGGGCAACACCGUGGUUGUCAAGACGAGCGAGAAGGCCCCCCUCGCCGCUGCGAAGGUGGCCGAACUCAUCAAGGAGGCCGGCUUCCCACCCGGCGUCUUCAAUGUCAUUUCUGGACAUGGUAACCCUUCUGGAGCCGUGCUUUCCUCUCACAUGGACGUCCGUGCCCUCACCUUCACUGGUUCGGCUCGCACGGGGAGGCUCAUUCAGGAGGCGGCCGCGAAAUCGAACCUGAAGAAGGUCAUCCUGGAACUGGGCGGCAAGUCCCCUGCAUUGAUCUUCGAAGAUGCCAAUCUGGACAAGGCAGUCGCGGACACAAGCCAUUCCAUUCAGUCCAACAGCGGCCAGAUCUGCAUGGCCAACAGCCGCGUGUACGUGCAGAAGAGUAUUGCCCCCAAGUUUGUCGAGGCGUUCCAGAAGAAGUUUUCACAGAUCACCGCUGGCGAUCCCACCAAGAAGGAAACCAACCAUGGUCCGCAGGCCGAUGGCUUCCAGUAUAACAACGUCUUGAAGUAUAUUGAGGAGGGCAAGAGUGCCGGUGGGUCACUUGCGUUGGGAGGUAAAGGCAAGCUAGACAGCAUGGGAGGGUACUUCAUCGAGCCGACCGUGUUCCUGGACACUCCAGAAAACUCAAAGUUCAUGAAAGACGAGAUAUUCGGGCCGGUGGUCAACAUCAGCACAUUCGAAACCGAGGAAGAGGCCAUCAAGAUCGCAAACGACACCGAGUUUGGCCUCUACGCGUCCGUGUUUACCAAGGAUAUAGACCGCGCCUUGAGAGUUGCCAAGGCCCUGGAAAGCGGGUACGUGGGAAUCAACUGCACGAGUCCCAAGAUCGCCGCCGACAUGCCCUUUGGCGGCUACAAGUCCAGUGGCCAAGGGCGCGAGGGGGGCACGAACAGCUUGGACAACUUCCUGGAGGUGAAGACCGUUCUGAUUGAUCUUGGGUCACGGCUUUGA